GUCUCUGGCAGGAGAAAUGAAAGAUGAAACAGCUGUUUGUCUGGUGCUAGCUUUGUCAAAACACUUGCAGGAGUCAAGGCUGGCAAAAUCAUCUGGAGAACAAUUUUGGUGAGAAUUUUUCAGACACAUCACAUUUAUUUGGUAAAUGUUAAGUUAUAUCUCUGAUAUCGGAACAGUAGGUUGUAUUCCUCUAUUAAGCCCAUCUAUUAAACCCCUCUCUAUUAAACACUCUCUGUUUUCAGUCCCCUCUCUAUUAAGGCCCCUCUAAAUUAAUUCCUUCUCUCUAUUAAGCCACCUCUAAAAUAGGAUCUCAUUUUAAAACGCGCUACCUCAAAGAAUUUACUUAUAAGUGAUAGGGAAUUUUACUAAAUGACCCGAAUUUAAUACAGCCCUAUUAAAUUUAAUACAGUCCUAUAAUUUAAUACAGUCCUAGAAGUUCAAGACAUGGGUUUUGUGGUUGGGAAGAACUCUGCUGAACCCAGUUUGAAGUUGCACUUGUUGCACGUGAAAAUCUGUGAUUUGGCGUUGUAAACAGAGCGAGGACAAUGACUAAAUUAUUCAUAUAUUGUAAUUAUUCAAUUGUUUUCAAUGAUUUAUUGUAUUGGUAGCCGUCGCCGUCGCGUUGCCGUCCUAAAUCGUAAGGUCUCUAUUGCUUCGAGAGGAACAUGGUGUUUGGAAAACACAAGGAAUAAUAUCUGUGCUUUAUUACAUAGGUGGAAAGUGGACGAAUCCUGUAUGUUAGCAGUGGGCUCUAUUCAACCUCUUAUCUCAGACAAGGUGUCCAAAGGCCAACUACAAUUUGAUAUUCCAAGAUUUUUAACCGAAGUUGUUUUACCAGCUCUAGAUACAUCAGGUGAUUGCAUGCCUCAUUAGGUUCUUCCCAUAGAAAUAUUAGACCUAGAAUGCGUGCUCCUAUCCUUUAUCAGUUAAACAAUUUGGACACCGGUCACAUGACCAAGCAGGCAUUUCAGGUUUAAUAUUUAUAUGGUUAUUCCCUUCAGGAAUUGAAUUAGUCUGCAUAAUGAAACCUACACAUUGUACAGUACAAUAAUGUAUAACUUCUUUUUUACAGCAUCGCCAUUUCUUAUUGGUCGAGCUCUGUGGUUUAGUAGUCGAUUCACCCACGAAAUGCCACCAGAAUUAUUAGCAAGGUUAUAUUCCUUAUAUUUUCUUGUAAAUGUCCACCCAGUCAUUAUCAUGGUAUUACAAGAAAUGUCAGUAGAGAAAGAUCGCCAGUGUGGAAGUUUUUAAUCGCAAGAAAACACGCUUUAUUCGUUUUACACGUUUUUAUUUACUCUUUGCUAUUUCCUUUUCAACAAGCAAGGCCGGAUUUUGGUGGAAAUAGUGGGGGAGGUGGAAAACAUUUAGGGGAGGUGCAGCAGUCUAGCUCACGACCCCAAUGGAAAGUUAGGGCUUAGAACGGGCCAAAAGUCAACGACGUGACGUAUGCGUGUAGUGUACAUAUGUAUCAGUUUAUUAAUGAAUUAUUAAUUUAUUAAUGGUGCCCUUCAUUACAAUUACUAUAAAGUUUCUUAAAACAUUGCAUUAAAAGGUACUUGACACAGAGAUAUAUAGGUUAUCAUAUAAGGGAUGAGGUGAUAUCACUUUUAUCGCUCGAGAGAUGAUAUCACAAUUGUCACCAGCGAGCGCAGCGAGCGAGGGACAAUUGUGAUAUCGUCCCGAGAGCGAUAAAACUGAUAUCACCGAAUCCCGAGUACGAUAACCUAUUUAUUAAACUGUUUUGUUUAGAAUUCAAAAAAAAUCAUCAUUUACUGAACAAUUAUGAUUUUAGAAAAUAAAUAGACCAUUCAUAUAAAUAAUAUGCAAUUUAAGUCUUUCGUUUUGUAUUAUCGUUCUUGUUUCCUUCGGUAAAACUGUCGACAUCAACCAACACGAACCUCGAGUCGGCCAUCUUUGUUUUGACAAGGCGCGAAAUUUAGCGGGACAAAAAACGAUAUCCGGGACAAAAACCGAUAUCCGGGACAAAAAAGAUAUCCGGGACGAUAUCGUUUUUAUGUCCCGCUGCUUCCUACCUGAUAAAGGUACAAGUAUGUGAUAAGAAUGGCUAUCACUGUUUCAAUUUUACAGACAAAGAAACUUUCUUACGAAGUGUAGACCCUAAGCAACCAAAAAAUGUCAAAUUUUGACUUUGAUCUAUCAAUGAAACGUUCCCAAGGCAAGGGGAGUUGCAUGACUUUUCAGAAGAGGUGCAAAACGAUCUCAGGGGAGGUGCGCGCCUACUCACACCUCUUUCUGCUGAUUGUAUAACAUCAUUAAUAGACGUGUGAUGUCAAAGCUUUGGAAAAGUUCUAAAACUAGCAAUAAAAAGUUAUCGACAGCGCCGAACCUAGGAAUUUAAAUCAUUAAAUAUUAUUAUUAUUAAUAAUUAAUACAACUUUAUUUCCUUUAUUUUUCAAUCAGGUUUCUUCAAGGUACCGUCAGUGGCUUGCAUGAAAGUCAAGUUCCAGCUAUUCGGAUUGGAGCCGCACGUGCUACGUUUGGGUAAAAUUAAAUUAUUUUUAAAAUACCUUUGUUUCAAUGGCAUAUGAUAGGUGGGUUUCAAGUUGUUAUUUUUCCACCGAUGCAUGUUUGAUAAGGCAAACAAAAAUAUGUGGGUUUCCUAUUUCUUCUUGUAAAAACUUAGAUAGGGUAGGUCGGGUUUUUUUUUAAUUUUCCUAAAAACCGGACGCCAUGUCAGUUUAGUCAGUGCUUCCACAACCAUAGAUAAAUUUCCCUAAUAUUGCCUCAAAUUUCCAUUUUCCACAAACGUUCUCCACUAAGUGGAAACACUUACAAGCAUGAUCCAAUAAAAAAGUUUUGGUUAGGGAUUUUGGCGUCCAAAAGCUAAGUAGGAUCGGGAAACCGGAAACCCCCUUUUUUUUCGUAACAAUUCUCUUAAACAGUACUACAAUAUUUUUUAGGUUCUGUGACCAGUUAAAAUCAAGCGGUAACUCGGCUUUGAUAAACUCUUAUCUACCAGAUGCACUCAACAGCUUAAUCAACAUGUCAACCCAAUAUCGAGAAGAUGCCCUUUCCUUGGUUUUGGAAACUUUAUCAAUUGUCAUCAGUGUAAGUAAGAUGAUACAUUUUUUAUUACGUUGUUAUUAUAGGUUUUUGUCAUUAUUUUUGCCCAUUAGAGUUUUGUUUUUUGUAUUUUUGUAUAUCUGCACCAUAGCAAGUUUUGGGGUCAAAGUUUUCUGCCGAGCUCACUAAUAUUCGUCCUAAUAAAUUACUUUCUGCGCCUGUUAGCAGUAUGCGAUGCCCUAUAACAUCCUCAGCCAGCUAUAAGCCCGGUCUGAAAAUUUUCUCGGAUCCUAUAGACGCCAGAAUCCGCUAUUAUUUCCUGCUAUGAUCUGCAUGGGUGCAUGAAUAUUCAAAGCAACCCCCACAUAACCACUAUUGACUCCCAUCUUAUACAGCUAUUUCAAUUAAGGUUGUCUCCGAGCAAAGCGGAAAAGUCGAAUACGAGCGCGAAAGGCUGCUAGGAAUCGCUAAAAAAAUCAUUAAUUUGGAUUCAUUAAUUCUGUGGAUACAUGUACCUGUGAAUACAUGUACUUGUGAACAUAUUUAAGCCCUGGCCAAACUAGGAAACAUUUUUGCGGAAACAUUGUUUCCUACCAAUGUUUCGCCAUGUUUCCCAAGGUGGGCAAACACUAGGAAACAUUAGUGAGAAACAUAGGGAAACAUCAAAUGUUUCUGAAGUUGGUAGGAAACAUUUUUGCUUCCCGGGAAGCAAAUUUUGUUUCCGCAACAAUGUUUCCACGGGUGGGCAAACAUGGAAACAUUUGAGGCAACAUCGAGAAUCACAAAUGUUUCCGCAACAAUGUUUCCUAGUUUGCCCAGGGUUUUACACUACCGUUGAGAGUGCUCAUGCAACUACAGCUUUGUAAUAAAAAUGAAGAAGAUAGCCCUAUUUGUGAACUGAAAGGUUAUUAAACUUUGUAGGAUAUGGCAAUAAAAAUUUAGCUUGUCUCACCUAAAAUUAUACGGAAAACUUUUUACAGCUUCUUCAAAUGUUGCUUAUUGUACGUCUCGAAAAAUAUUUUGACCACAGUCAUCAUAAAUCAGUGAGGUGCCCGCCAUCUUGGGUUAUUGUGGAUAUGCACGUUACAUCACAAGCAGGGUCACGCAAAUAGCUUACCCGGAUAUGAACUGGUCAUUAUGAGCCUUUGUCACUAUUUCAAAUAGCCAUUUGUCUGACAACGUUUUAAGAAUCUACCAAUUGUUCUUUACUUGCAUAAGAGUACAGUUUUAAACGGCUCGUUCUACGUGAUCGUUCUGACUUGCCAUCCUUCCUUUUCUCUUUCCUUUCUCUAGAUGAAUAAAGAGUUGACAGCUUCUUGGGAAGAAAAAAUUUCUCCUUUGGUAAUUGCUCUGUUCUUAAAACAUGGCAAUGGUACGUUUAGUACAGUAUACAGUAUAUAUUAUACAAAUAACGCGUGUUUUCAUCCGUGC